AGUAUGACUAUUUAGUGCUGUGUUAUCGGUCCAGUCGGUCGGUCGCAUGUUGCACCAAUUCGUGGUUGGCCCGCACUGAAAACUGAAACAAACAUACCUACUCUACGUCGCACCUUUCAUUUUAUUAAGCGGCCAUUACAUUUAUUUAUAUUCACAGGGGGAGAGUGACGACUGCGGGCCACAGUUUUGGAAACAUGCGUUGACCUGACCUACAAAAACUACACUAUCGCUCGUACUAGUGCGUCGGCUCCGAUCCAACAAAAGUUGCACGUCGCGGAAGAUGGAGUUUCGGUAUGGUCUACUUCUCACAGUCCUUUUAUUCGGCAUUACUCGUUGCCAAUUGGAAGAUCUCGAAGAAAUGUUUAGUAAAAAGCAGUACUGCGGUGAACAUUUAUCAAAAGUCUUGUCCGCCAUAUGCCAAGGCAACUACAACACAUUACAUAAAAAGUAUAAGAGAAGUGCCGACGUUAGCGUCCAAGUGGAUGUUGCGUCUGCGGCAGAAGCCAUGGAGCGAUACAAUCUGAAUCUGCCGUACACGAUCAGCAAGGAAUCGGCCAGGUCGAUGUUGUCGCGGGGCAGAAGAAAGAAACGGGGCGUCUAUAAUGAGUGUUGCGAGAAGGCGUGCUCGCAUGAGGAACUGCGGAACUACUGCGCCCCACGAAGGUACAACAGGAACACGAGCGAUGGACGAUGAUGACUUAAGCCUCUUUGUCAAAAUAAAAAGAAAAUAUUGUGAUAUUUGUAAAAUCCGUUUUCUAGACAGUGUUCUAGUGUUUUAAUUUGGUGAUAUUGUUCACUGUCGACGGUGGGCGGAAGUAAAAUAUAACUAGUCCAAUUGCUAUUAUCAUUAUCAGUCGGUACUCGCGGUUGUUGGGUUAGAUAUUUUGGUUGGCAGUGGAGGAUUUCUACAUAUCGUACGAUAUACUUAUAUGAACCCCAUGGGUUCCCAUUAAAUUUUUUUUUGUACCAGUCUGCAAGCUGUGCUUGAUCUCUUAGGGCAGUUUUCCUAUAAUAUACGUAAGACGAGAUAAAUCUAUUAAAUGAGCAUAUUUUGUGAUAUUUAUAGCUAAUUUUACUCCCAUGUAGGUAAUUUUAAUUAAUUCAAGGACGUGUAACUGAGGUUGGGUGCUACACAUCUUAAUUGUAUCAAUUACUGAUGGUGAUGGUAGUUUUAAGGUUGAAGGUCCAGUUGACACCUGACCAAAAUCAUCUAUCAAUGUGAUAUUUAAUUAAUUAUUCUUGUUGAAAAAUUUGAAAAUGUAAUCCAUCAAGUUGUACCUGAACAAUUUUAUCGUUAGCGGAUAGGUUAUGACUUUUUGGUACCGACUAUUUCAAACCUUCAAUAAAGAUCCAAAUUAUAUAACUUAGUUUGCACAAAAAUAACGCUUUUUUAUAUUUUUGUAUACCGAAAACACUGCACCCAAAAAUAAUGAAAAAUAUUAGCAGUGGGCCAAUGGUAAAGGAAUUGUAACAUUUAUGUUUUGGUUUAACAAAAUUGAUUUGGUUCAAAACUAAUAUUUUCUCAUUCUUGUAGAUUUAGUUCCUAUAGCUUGAUGUAACAUAAUUUUAUCUAGUGGUCAUUUUUCCAGCUGUGUUAUUAUUUUAAAUUAUACAUUUUUAAUGAAAAUGACCUUGUGAUAAUUUUAUAUAUGAGAAUUGUUAGGCAAAUCUAGGCUGUAGACAUAGUUAUUACGUUAUGGUAAUAUGAUUGUGUAAUAAAUUAUAUUUUUUUAA